UUCGAUAUAGUCUACCCAACCAACUCUAGCUUCGAAAUAGUUGGCAAUGUGAUAAUAAUUUUUAAUUCAGUUGGCAACACGCAAACAAGCGUCUUUAAGUUGAACCGCCAAAAGUGACGAACAAAUUAAAACAAAAACAUUUAAUAAUACCAGUUUGUAAUAUUAUGGAGAGAGAAGAGGUUAAUAGACGCGAGAUGCGCUCCUUUUUAAUGCCUCGCGAUCCCAGCAUUGAUCGUCGUUUUCGGCCUCGCCCUAACAAACAACUGCGACUCUUCGACGAGGUGCUCGUCGAAACCAGUGAUAGCUCCACCGACUGUUCAGACACGGAAUCAGAGUACACGAAAACCGGCGAUGAAGGUGGCUCAAUAGAUAGCGAGAUUGAGACUGGGCCGCAAGUAUUUCUACGUCUGCGUCCUGUUGAAUCUCCGUCCAAAUUAUACGUAAUCUCCGACUGUGGCAAUGUGUUGAUCACUAGCGCCGCCACCAACGAGUACAGCAGCAACAAUGUUAACCGCAUGGAGAAGCACUACAGCUUCACCAACAUAUUCGAUAGUCAAGUUGGCCAGCGGGAUAUAUACGACAAAUGUGUGGGUCCACGCAUUAUAGACGAAGAAUGCGUUACUAUCAUGGCUUAUGGUACAUCUGGAUCGGGUAAAACCUAUACGCUGCUUGGUGACAGUGUUAGGGCUGGCAUUAUACCACGCGCUCUGGAACACAUAUUUACCCUAUAUAACAAGCAGGUGUAUACGGCGGCCAAGCUGAAGCUUAUUAAUGCCCGAAUGGUAAUCCUGGAAGACGAUGUCACAAUAAAAGAAAUGCAAAUACGCCGCCAGUUGUUGGCGCUGUGCCCGGAUAUGCAGGCUCAACACCAGCGCCUAAAACAAGUUAUCCAUGGCGAUCACGAAUUUGAGGAGAAACCGGCCGAGGAAGUCUCUGUCAUGAUUUGGGUGUCAUUUGUCGAAAUAUACAACGAACUCGUCUACGAUUUGCUGACGUUACCUCCACGUCAACAAAAUCUGGAGGCUCGACGCAAAAAUCUAAAGAUCGUUUGCAAUAAGGGUCAAGUCUUCAUCAAGGGCCUGACCAGCAUAUUUGUACGAAGCAGCGAGGAAGCUUUGAAAUUGCUACGACUGGGACAGCAGCGUCUAACGUACGCUUCCACGGCCGUUAAUACCAACUCUAGUCGUUCCCACUGCGUCUUCACAGUGGACGUGCUGAAAUACCACCGGACGGGCAUGACCACUCAAAACACAUAUAAAUUCUGCGAUCUUGCCGGCUCGGAGCGAGUGGACAAAACGGGCACGAUCGGUUCACGCUUGAAAGAGGCCCAAAGCAUCAAUACAUCACUAAUGGUAUUGGGUCGUUGCCUGGACGCGGCCAGUUCAAUAAAGAAGAAGGCCAAUGCGGAUGUCAUACCAUAUCGGGACUCGAAACUAACAAUGCUGCUGCAGGCCGCUCUGCUGGGCAAGGAACGUUUGGCCAUGAUUGUAACAGUAACGCCGCUGGAUAAAUAUUACGAGGAGAAUCUCAAUGUGCUCAGUUUUGCCUCGAUUGCCAAGAAUAUAUUAUUCAAGCAGCAGCUAGUGAAGCAGCACAACACGCGCUACUCGCUAUUCGCUGAAUACAGCCAGACUGGAGAGUCAGCCGAUAGGGAAUAUAUCAGUCAACUGGAGGCUCAGAACAUAAGCCUGCGUGCGGAGAUCGAUCGGUUGAACUAUGAUAUUGUGCUGAAGCUGCAGCUGCAGGAGGAGAAGCUGCGCAAGGAGUUGACAGACACAUUCCAGACGACCAUACACACGAAUCUGAAACAAUGCGAGGAACGGCAGGAGAAGAAGAUCGCAAUGCUCAAUCGGGAAUUCGAAGCAAAGAUUGCAUCGAUCAAGCGCAAAUAUGAGGAACAGAUCGAGGACUUGCAGGACGAAAUCGAGGAACUGAAAUCCCCUAAUAGCGAUAUAGAGAUAAUUGAUGACGAAUAGUUGAUAUAUUCACCGAUCUUGAAAUCAUGUUGUGCGUGUUCGUCCGUGUUUUUUGAACUUGCUGCGUUUUCAAAAAUUUAUGUUAACUGUUUAAGUAUUUGCUAUUUGUUAUUAAUUAAUUAAAUACAACAAAUUUGCUCAA